AGGGCGGGAGGGCCCGAGAGUCCGGGGCGGAGCAGAUCUUUUGUUUGCAGACCGGAUGUCCUGGGUCUUUGGGAAAGGCGUUUCGGUUUGCUCGCUCUCGUAGUCGACUUCCCAGAGGCAGCGGGGGCUGCUGAGGGGAGCAAGCCCGUCAUCACCGGGAGCCGAUCAUCACGGCUGCCGUCCUAUCUACUAUAUCUACUGAGCCCUCAAGCUUCAGCAAACCAGGGCAGACAUUCAGAUCCCAGAUCCUCUGAGUUAACGCUGGGCAGCAUUAAAAUGGAAGGCUCCGUUUUUGAAAGACGGAAACGAAACGGCCUGGCAAAUGCCUUCUUGCUUGAGGAGAAAUAAACAGUGCCUCACAGGGCCAUGUUCCAUCGGACACAUCACUUGCUGAGAUAAUUUGAGAUAUUGGAAUACCGGAUUUCCAUUGUAAUUGUAUACAAAUCCUUCAAGAUGCCAGCAGCACUUGCUGAAAAUAGUCAAGUGAUCUGUGAAGUAUGGGCAAACAAUCUAGAAGAAGAGAUGAGAAAAAUUCGGGAAAUUGUUCUAAGCUACAGCUACAUUGCGAUGGACACAGAAUUUCCUGGGGUUGUUGUUCGACCAAUUGGUGAAUUUCGCAGUUCUAUAGAUUAUCAAUAUCAACUGCUCCGAUGUAAUGUUGACCUGCUUAAAAUUAUUCAGUUAGGCCUGACCUUCACAAAUGAAAAAGGAGAAUAUCCUGUAGGAAUCAACACCUGGCAGUUUAAUUUCAAGUUCAAUCUUACGGAAGAUAUGUAUUCUCAGGAUUCAAUAGACCUCCUUGCAAGCUCAGGAUUACAAUUUCAGAAACAUGAGGAAGAAGGAAUUGAUACUUUACAUUUUGCAGAACUUCUAAUGACCUCUGGUGUAGUGCUCAGUGACAGUGUCAAGUGGCUUUCAUUUCAUAGUGGCUAUGACUUUGGUUAUAUGGUGAAACUGCUGACAGAUUCUAGACUUCCAGAAGAAGAACAUGAGUUCUUUCAUAUUCUGAACCUUUUCUUUCCAUCUAUAUAUGAUGUUAAGUAUUUAAUGAAGAGCUGCAAAAACCUGAAGGGAGGGCUUCAGGAAGUUGCUGACCAGCUAGAUUUGCAGCGUAUUGGCCGGCAGCACCAAGCGGGGUCAGAUUCUUUACUUACAGGCAUGGCAUUCUUCAGAAUGAAGGAGUUGUUCUUUGAGGAUACAAUUGAUGAUGCAAAGUAUUGUGGGAGACUAUAUGGCCUUGGCACAGGAGUAGCUCAGAAACAGACCGAAGAUGUAGAAACAGCCCAAGAGAAAAUGAGUAUUUUGGCUAUUAUCAACAAUAUGCCCCAGUGACUUACUGCUACUUUAGGAUAUUAACAUGGAUCCACAGAGGUAAAUUUCCUUCUUGAAACUGUUUCACAUCUUUCCAAGAAAUGGCGAAAGCACGAGUGUUUUUUUGAAGAGAAAAAAGCAUCUUUUCUUUGAAUCUUGGUAGAUUCCAAUUAAGUGAUUUCAUAAUGGCUGGAGAGUUUGUCUUGUAUGUAAAAAAAAAUCGAGCUACAUACUAUGUAUAUAACUCCUUUUUAUUUUAAACAUUACUGAAUUUGCAAGUAGUUCUUUCAGAAUUUUCAGCAGAGCUGAAGUUCUUUCAUGCACUUGCAGAUUUAGUUUUGACAGCUUAUUUUAAAAUUUCUUUUGCUCUCUGUGAGGGUGAUGUGUUUCUAAGCCCUCUGCUAGUUUUUAUCUUUUGUGUCAGUCUGUGAAAGUGAUCCAUUCAGCCCUGGUGGUGGAGACUGCAUGAACAUAAUGUAACUAUAUGCUAGAAGUCACCAUAAUGGUGGUCCUGGAUGGUAUUAUCACUAGUUCUUCCUUCCUUUAGCUUGCUGGGCCGUGAUAUCAUAUUGGCAAUUUUCAUCUUAAUAACUUUAGAAUAGAAUAAAACUGUCAGCAUGCUUGAGACUGCAGUAAUAAUUGGGACCAAAAAUAGUUUCAUGUUGCGUGAAAUACUUUAACCCUUCUGUGAAUAGGAUGCUCAGUAAUUGAGUAAAAUCACAUAUAUCUAGUAAUAAUGGGCUAUUAAAACUUUUAGAUUACCAUUUUAUACUACUUUGAAGAGGAAUCCUAGAUUGUUCAAUAGAUGUAGACUAAAAGUUCAUUUAAUAGUUUUGCAGAUGUCAUCAUCCUGAAAACAAAAAUCCUGUUUGGGGUGGAGGGGAUCUUGACAGUGUGAAAUUUUAACUCCCCAUUAUGUAAAGUAUUACAAGCUGCUGUUAAAUGCAUCUGUAUAUAUAAUUGGUUCUUAAUUUUGUAAAAUAAAGACUUUUCUUAAAGCAUGA